AUGGACAACGUUCAGUCACUUUUGGAAGCACUACAUACGGUGUUCGUUAUCGUAUACCUACAAGAAGUGGCUUGGAUAUUCACACCGUUGAUCAUCAGCCUGAAUGUGCUGCUUCAUUCGUUUCUCAAUAAUAUGGAUUACGCAACGCAGUGGCUAAGCAUAUCAGUGACAUUGUUUUUCUUGAUCACUGGCAUUUGCAUAGCCGUUGGUCUCUAUCUAAUUCAUAAGAUGGUGCUGUGUGCACAUCGUGUCAAGUACUUAUUGCCUUAUGUUAUAUUCAAGCUGAUACGUACAACUGUGCUCGUUUUUGUUGCCAGUGUGAUUUUGGCUCGGCCAGACCUGAGGUCAAGAUACUUUCAUAUUUCGUUGUACUCAAUCGUCGAAUCCGUGUCGAAUCUGGUUGCGAUCGAAAUUUGUUAUCGAAGUUGGAAGUACAUCGAGCGGGCGAAUCGAAGGAAACGUUUAGGUACUACGGAGCCGACCGUUACGCAGGAUAGCCGUAUAUCGGUGGCUCGUUUAAAGCGCAGUGAGAGUCUUCAGGAGCGUCGUGAACUUAUCGCUAAAAUUUAA